UUCACGUUGAGGUAGUCAAUAAAGUUGCUCACGCGUCGCCUCCACAAUAAAGUUAUUCAAUACCGGAUCUCCAGCCACGUCUUCGCUAGGCCUCGCUUCGCCGCUGCAGUCCGUGUCCCCGUGUCCACGUCUCCACGCCAAUUAGACCAACUACAUCGUUAUCAGAAGUUGCUCGGCAACUGUGCCGAGCUAAUUAAGCCACAAUGACUAACGUCUAUUCGCUCGACGGCCUCCUUGUGUUUGGACUCCUGCUCAUCUGCACGUGCGCCUACUUCAAGAAGGUCCCGCGUCUCAAGCAGUGGUUCCUGUCCGAGAAGAAAGGGGUCUGGGGAGUUUUCUAUAAAGCGGCAGUGAUUGGAUCGCGAUUGCACAUCCCUGUCGCCGUUUCCUGCAUCAUGAUGGGAUUUUACGUCAUGUUCAUCAAGUGAAGGCACGCGACCCCCCCCCCACCCUUCCCCCGGAGUGCUGCGUGAUGACCGAUAUUGGACACUGCGAAGAGGCAGCGUGGGUGUUCAACGAAUGUCAAUCCACAGCCAACCUGCUUUUGGCCGGCUCUCAACGAAACGCCGUGUUGUUGCUGGGGACUUGUCCACGUUCAAACGCCGUUGGAGGCUUCAAAGUCUGACGCUGUGCGAGUAAAUUUUUUUUGUAGUAAAUGUAUAUGCCUUAGGGAUGGUCUGGCAGAGUGUUUAGAGAACAACAAUUGUACAAAGAAAUAACUUUAGACUUUAUUUUAAAUUUGGGGCACCUGUUUUGGAGCAUGAUUUGUUAAAAUUACCUGAUCACUUUUAGUUUUGACAUUACAUUCUCUCUUAAUAUUAUAGCCCUUUAAUUGCACAUUCAGCUCUGCCUGUAAAGGAAUGUAAACAACUCUAGAUAGGUGAAACCUAAGUACGUUUGUGCUGACAUGUGCUGAUUUUUAUCUGCAUAUUACACUUAUCUGUGCUAAUUAGAAAAAAAUCUAGACAUGUGACCUUUUAAAAUGAUAGAGCCAUGUGUGUAACUUUUUUGCGUGGAUGGUGAUUGUUCAGCUGAUUUCACAUGACACCCAUACAUUGUUUUGGCAUCGGAUAGCUUUGCAAGAUACAACUUGACUGGGAAAAACUAAAAAUCCGGUUUUAAUGAUCCAAUUUAACGUUGCCAGUGUCGCAGUUUCAUGGUGAGAUGACUGCCUUGGAAGCACGGUACUGAACAUGUAAAAUAACAAAAAUAACACGAUUAUUCAACUUUGUGCACAGAGUGUCAUAGAAACACUGGGCUAAUUUUGGGGUGGAAUACCCUGGUAUGUCUGUGUUCUUAACCUGAUUAUAUCCAUGAAAACCAAAUUAGCCUAUUUCCAGCUUGUAAAUUAUUUGUAUUGCUUUCUAUAUCACAGAAAUAUGACACGCAAUGUGAAUGAUAGGUAAAUGAAACGCCACUGAAAACCGCAAGCUAAUUCCGGAGUGCACAAUCCAAUGCUCCGGGAGUUUCUGGACAUGACUAAUGCAGUUACCAAGUCGGCAUAACUUUGCUCGAUUCAACUUUUCACGUUCAUAGCGGUGCCCCAACCCCCCCCCCCCCCACGACCUUCCAUUGUAUGUGGGACAUAGAAUAUCUGUGCCCACGUUAAAGCGAGAACAUGCUGUAUGAUACAUUAUUUCUUGUUAGUCCAUGGGCCAGAGCAGAAAUUGGUACCACCUAAGAUGUAAAUAUA